CCCUAACAUGUCUCAAUCAGUAAACCCCCGCUUGUCAGUUCCACGGCCAGCCAUUUCGCAUCUGUCGUUCUUUGCGCACGUCUCUAUUACUCUAUUAUUCAGGAUUAAUUCAGCAUGAAACGAUACCGGAACACAAUCUCUCCGAAUAUAUCAUCCGACUGCACGACUACCAACUUCAAGCCUCGAAAUGCCCGUGCGACGCCGGCGUUGCACCAUCCUCCUACAGAAACAUCAACUCUACAUUUUAAGUAUCUGAACACUAUACAAGAUUAUACCGACGCCCUCCAUCCUAUCUCAGGUCUCGGAAUCAGCUACACCACAGACACCACUUCGGUCAAGGGAGACUCGAGAGGGCGAAGGGACCCAUGUCAGCAACUGGUCAAUCCAAUGCAGGUCGGCGGAAAAGGCGUGCUGGGCUUUUCUCCGGUGCUUCCAUCGACCCAGGGCAUGGAUUCCCCCCCAGUGGAUCUCCCCUCGACCAUGGCCUUUACAUUCUCGUCACCGCUUCCUUCAAUCAUGAAUUACGCAGCGAACCAUCCUUUAACCUCUGCUAUGCCUUGCAGUUCAAGAUUCAAAUUUGACGCGCCGAUAGACCUCUUUGACGACGUCAGGCAUAUCUCCGCCAUCCCCAUCGGACUCGUAGCUGAUGUAAACAUGCACGAUUUCUACUUGUCUGUUGUUCCUCCUCUCGCAACAGUAAAUCCUGUCGAUACGCUUCGGUCGUCACCGUACCCCGAGUGGCUCAAUCAAACCCCCCUGCUUCCCACGAAGACCGCGGCUGACCAAAUCACGGAAAGUCCUACAUUUGAUUUUCCGUCGUCGACAACCUUCGAUGUCCUCAGGAACUCGAUCACGCGGUCGGCUUCUGAGGUAGUCAGACCAAUCAUCGGUAUCCCACCCACCCUGCAGGAGUUUCCGUCGUCGACAACCCUCAAUGUCCUCGAGCACUCAAUCACGCGGUCGACUUCCGAAGAAGUCAAACCAGUCAUCUGUAUCCCAGCCACCCUGCAGGAGCUUUCAUCGACUUCCGAAGAAGACAAACCAAUCAUCCCCACCCAACGGGAGUUUCCGUCGUCGACAACUUUUAAUCUCCUUAAGCACUCAAUUACGCCCUCGGCUUCUGAGGAAGACAAAUUAAUCAAUUGUAGUCCGUCCACCCCACAGGAGCCGAUCAGGGAGUCCCAACAGCCGUCGCCGAAAUCGGAUGUUGGUUAUUUGCAUCAUGAUCAUACGUAUAUUUUCCCUGAACCUCCAGCCUUGGGGAAUCAUGACGAUCAUGCUCGUGUUUCUUCCCCGGAUGAAAUGCAUUUCUCUCCCGUCCUAAACGCACACCAUGGGGUCGAAUUGCGCGAACUUAAGAGAAGAGCCGAGCAAUAUCGCCUAAAUAAUCCCGGCCAAGAUCUUACCCGGUCGUGGCUUGCCCACUUUGCUGGACAGUUGUCACAGCGAGGCGAGCUACUGGACGACUAUCGGUGUUAUGUUGUCGGGUGCGAGCAACGGAAUAAGCGCAAAGAUCAUAUAUUGGUUCAUGUCGGGGCUCACGUAGACCAACGACCGUUCGCGUGCUCCGUGUGUUCGGAUCGUUUUUUACGCAAGAAUGAAUGUAAACGACACGAAGCCAGUCACGGCGGAUACCGUCCGUAUAGUUGCGAUGUCUGUGGACGGCGAUUUUCUCGGAAAGAUCUCGUGAAGAAGCAUUUGAAGAGAGUGCACUGGAUCUGGGAUGACAUGUUUUCUGAAAUGCGAAUGGAAAAGAGGGUCAAACUGGAUAUCGACUAGUUACUAGUACCGUAAAUAUGCCGGAAUGCUAAUAGGGGUGGUGUCGUGACGG